UUUAUUUAUACCCAUAAAUGCGAGUUCCGUCGAUGCUUGAUUACGAUGGUGCUGGGCGCUUUCAACAACAAAAAAUACUGGAAGCUAGUUAAAAAUGGCAGCACAUCUCAAAAAGCGAGUUUACGAGGAAUUCUCCAAAGUUGUUCAGCUUCCCCAAGAGGAGGCUCCAGCCAAGAAGCUCCGUCUGACCAAGCCAAGUAAGUCUGCAGCGCUGCAUAUUGACCUGUGUAAGGCCUCCAACCCCACUGAUGCCCUGCAGUACCUGCUGCACUUCGCCCGCAGCUCUGUGGAGGCUGAGAGUGUGGAAGGAGUUGUGCGCAUACUGCUGGAACACUACUACAAGGAGCAGGAUAACUCUGUGCGGCUGAAGAUUGCCUCUCUGAUCGGCCUGCUAAGUAAGACCCAGAACUUCAACCCUGAGAGUAUCCUAGAUGACACACUCAACACAUUCAACACAGAGAAGUCCCAUCAGGUCCUGGCUCAGCUGCUGGACACUCUGCUGGUCAUCGGCACCCAGCUCCCAGAAAGCCUUAUUGUUAGACACAGACUCAUAGAGGUGGCCUACAAGCACCUGUCAGACACAUAUUUCGGUGUGAGGAAUAAAUGCCUACAACUCCUGGGUUGCCUGGGAAACGUGGACACGCCCCUAAAUAAAGAUGGACAGGGAUUGGUUCCAGCUGUUAUUGGGGGCAGUGCUCCAGGGGUGUCUGGUGGAGUGUGUGUGAGAGACGCGCAGAGCCUCAUCAGUGACUACUUUGCAGACCAGGACCCAAGGGUGCGCACGGCGGCCAUCAAAGCCAUGCUGCAACUGCAUGAAAGGGGACUGAAGAUUCAACAGACCAUUUAUGAUCAGGCCUGUCAGCUGCUGUGUGAUGACUAUGAGCAGGUUCGUUCGGCUGCCGUUCAGAUGGUGUGGGUCCUGAGUCAGCUCUAUCCAGAGAGCAUUGUGCCGAUUCCGUCGUCCAAUGAGCAAGUCCGUCUGGUCGACGACUCGUUUGGGAAGAUCAGUCACAUGGUCUCUGAUGGAUCCUGGGUGGUCAGGGUGCAGGCCGCCAAAACACUGGGUAACAUGUUGCAGGUCAGUCCUCACUUCCUCGAGCAGACUCUGGACAAGAAGCUGAUGUCAGACCUCAGGAGGAAACGUACUGCUCAUGAGCGGGCCAAGGAGCUCUAUGCGUCAGGUGAGUUCUCCUCUGGGAGGAAAUGGGCUGAUGAUGCUCCCAAGGAGAAGGUGGACACCUCAGCUGUCAACCUGAUCGCCUCGGGGGCAUGUGGAGCCUUCGUACACGGACUGGAGGACGAGAUGUACGAGGUGCGUAUUGCUGCUGUGGAUGCACUCUCUGCUCUUGCCCAAUCAUCUGCCAGCUUUGCCGAGAAGUGCCUGGACUUCCUGGUUGACAUGUUUAAUGAUGAGAUUGAGGAAGUCAGGCUGCAGUCCAUCCACGUCCUGAGACAGAUCUCUACUAACAUCACCCUGAGAGAAGACCAGCUGGAUACUGUACUGGCUGUACUAGAGGAUUCGUCUCGUGACAUCAGAGAGGCGCUACAUGAGUUGCUGUGUUUCACCAAUGUGUCAACUAAAGAGUGUAUCCAACUGGCCCUGCUGGAGCUGCUGAAAAACCUCACCAAGUACCCCACCGACCGCAACUCUGUCUGGAAGUGUCUAAAGUUUCUAGGUUGUCGUCAUCCAACCCUGGUGUUACCGCUGGUUCCAGAGCUGCUCAGUACUCACCCCUACUUCCACACCCCUGAACCAGACAUGGACGACCCUGCCUAUAUUGCAGUGUUGGUGCUGGUGUUCAACGCAGCUCAGUCUUGUCCCACCAUGACAGCUCUGUUCUCAGACCACACCUUUAGACACUACACCUACCUACGGGACAGCCUCUCUCACCUAGUACCUCCUCUCAGGUUACCAGGGAGGACGCAGGCCCCAGGUGUGAGUGGUAUAGAAGGUUCCGGCAGUGUGGAGUCUGCUCAACUGUUCCUCCAACAGAGUCUGAGCAGAAUUAGCACUAUACACAACCUACAGGACCCCGGGGCUCAGGACCUGCUCAACUUUACUAUCAGAGACCUACAGAGACUGGGGGAGCUACAGACAGAGCUGGCAGGAGCUGCUGACUUCUCUGCCACCUACCUCCGCUGCCAACUACUGCUCACCAAGGCCUUGCAGGAGAAGUUGUGGACUAUGGCCGUCCCCCUCUGCCUUAAACACAACGCCAUGGCAACUGCUGCUGCCAAACAGAUGUUGGAGGAGACAUAUAAACUGGAGUUCCUAUAUAGUGGUCUGGAGAACAGACAGGUGGCCACCAUACACCACGUCAGACUACAGGCUAAGGCCUUACAGCUAGUCCUGACUGCCCGUACCAGACGAGGAGUUGAACCUCUCAUCAGUGUCUGUGAGAAGUUCCUUCAGGAGGUGGAAUCCUUUCAGAGGCUGUUUGUGGUGGAGCUGCCCCACCUCCAGGAAAGUUUUGUGGGGAAGCUGUUGGACUUGAGUCCCAAGCUGUCGGCCUGCAAGCCUGGAGAACUAGUCAAGAUCCUUCAGACCACAUUGAGACAGAGUGGCUUCUUAAACCUUCAAUUACCUAAACAGGUACAGAGACACAGAGACACAGACACACACACACGCACACAGGUAUUUGACCCAGGUGUGGUUUGUAUUGGCUGGCAGGUCCAGCGUGCGUCGGCGACCAUCAUCGAGCCGACAGGAGAGUCUGACAACCCGCUGCGUUUCACAUCUGGCCUGGUGGUGGCACUAGACAUCGAUGCUACGCUGGAGCACGUGCAAGACCCCCACAACACUGUCAAAGUACAGGUGCUGUAUCCAGACGGCCAGUCUCAUGUGAUUCAGCCUAAACCUGGAGACUUCAGAAGUCCUGGACCACACCGCCACCGCCUCAUCACACAGGUCUACUUGUCUCACUCCGCAUGGACUGAGGCGUGUCAGAUCGAGGUGAGGCUGCUGCUGGCCUACAGCUCAUCUCGUCUCUGUAAGGCAGUGUGGAGCGACAGCAGCACUGAAGGCCUCCAGCCAGCAGAGGGUGCCACUGAGGGAACCAUUCCCUUCGGCAAACCUGUCAAGGUCUUCAUCAUGCCUAAACCUGCCCGCCGCUGACAAACACCUAAGCAUCCAUCUCGCUAUCUUGUUUUCUCCCUCUCCCACCCCUGACCCUCUAGUCCUCAGCCAUUGGCUGUUCCUUACUGCAUACAUAUUUACUAAACAAUGUUUAUAUUGUUAGUGUGUAACUGUGUGCCACUCCUGGCUGACUGCUCAACUAGAUUGAGGAUGCGUCCUAUAUAGUGCACUACUUUUGACCACUAAAGGAAAAAGGGUGCUAUUUGGGAUUUCAUCCUGAGACUGAGCAAGAGAAUCAUUGAGGUCACCUGUCUGAUCUGUGUUGCUAUAGUUAAGGGCCAUUUUUUUUCUUUGAAUGACAAUAAAUGAAACCAGAUGACAAAAACAA